GGUCAUGUAUAUCGUAGUGUUCACGACCGAUUUCGUUGCUUACCUGUAUUUCACCUGGAGAAUAUGGGCAUUUACCAAGAGAGUGUGGAUCGUAAUCUUCAUGAUAUUCAUCGCUGUAUCACGGACCAUCAUCAGUAUAGUACCAUCUGUUUGGAGCGUCCUAAGUGGUACUUGGAACUCAUACCUCGUUCGAUCGAAAAGAUUGUUCCUGGCGGGAAAUGCACUUUUCCUCUUUGGUGACUUUUUCUCCGCUUGCAUGAUGGCAUAUUAUCUCGAGAAGAAUCGCAACGGACUUCGGAGCACCCAUACACUAAUCAAUCGGAUCUUGAUUUUCGUCGUCGCAACAGGUGCAAUUGCAGUGUUCGUCGAUAUAAUUGCUCUCGUUUUGAUAAUAGUCCAGAGCGAGAGUUUGGCAUUCACCAGUGCAAUCCUCAUUCAAACCCGCCUUUACUCAAACUCGCUUCUGGCGUCGCUAAACGCAAGGAAGUCCCAUAACCGCGUACUUCACGACUGUGGUGACCGACGAAGCGUUCCGAUAGAGCUUCCCCAAAAUUCCAUACGAUUUGCUCAACAAUCUGACAUCCGCGGAGGCGCAGCUCUGCAACGAAGUCAGCGUACCAGUGGUAGCACGAAAUCUACCGAGUCAUGGCACACAGCUCCUGAGGUUGCUGCUUGACAGAACGAAGGUGGCCCGAGGGGACAAUCUUCCAGCCAGUUGAACUGUGCUGAUCGCUGUGUGCAACAAUAAGCUUGGGAUUACAUCCAUCCAGAGACAGUUUCUCGAUGGCAUCUGUCGUGCUUUAAGUAGUUGCUAUAUACGUACUGAUUGUAACUAGCCGAAGGAAGAGCGCACUGGUUUGGUGCUGUGGCCU